AUGAAACCACGAACCAGCACCUCAGCCCCAAAGGCCGCAACCCCAGCCCAUCCCAGCGCCGCGCAGCAGGCAGCAUACACACAUAGCAUUGCGGAACUCGAGCUCCCUAAGACGACAUUGACCAAGCUGGCCAAGGGAUCGAUCCCUGAUAACGUCAAAAUGCAGCAGGACGUGGUGCACGCCCUCCUGAGGGGUUCAACGCUGUUCAUCAACUAUCUCUCUGCUGCCGCACACGACCAAGCUGUCUCCCGCUCCGGCAAGCAGAUCACCGCCGGCGACGUCCUGAAAGCCAUCGCAGACUUGGACUUUGGCCCCUCCGACGCCCUUCUCCCACUCCUCGAACAGGAGCUUGCCUCAUACCGCGCCAUCCAGGCGGCCGCGAAGGCGCGCAAGGCGCCACCCAAGAAGCGCGGGAAGGAGCCGGAAGAGGGUAUGGCCGUAGACGAGGAAGAAGAGGAGGAGGAGCAUGAGGAGCAUGAGGAAGCCGAGGAUGAGGAGGCUGAGGAGGAAGAGGUUGAGAACGGCGCCUGA